AUGUCAUCUUCUGCUCGGACCACCACUGCUCGACCAUCAGUCUCAGCCUCUCCCUCCUCCGCAGGGGAAUCCCAAGCAGUCUCAUUGUCUCAACAAUUAUCAUCGGCAUUAUCAUCUGCCAUUGCUUCAGCUUCAGCAUCAGCAUCAAGAGUUCAAUCGUCAGCUGUAAUAUCCUCCACCACCAGUUCAGCUAUAGCUUCAUCUAUUGCUUCGUCGGCAGUGGAAUCGAGCUCAGCAUCGAUAAGUGAAAGUGCAUCGGAGUCGUCUGCGAUAGCUUCAUCUUCUACAUCAAGUAUCGGUACAACCUCUAGUCCAUCCGCAUCUGCGGCACCGUCCAGUGCUGUACCUUCAAGCACCACGUCAAGUGCUAAUGCGGGUGCGGGAUCGAGCACUUCCCAAGAUCAAAGUCAAUCUACCAGUGUCGUCUACGUGACUGUGACGGAUCAGAAUGGUUCCACCCACGUAACUUCCACAGGGAUCCAAACGGGUAGCGCUACCUCGGGUGCGAAGAAGAGUGGUGGUUCGAAUACCGGUGCCAUAGUCGGAGGUGUGAUUGGAGGAAUCGCAGGUCUCGCCAUACUGGCUGCCUUGCUAUGGUUCUUCUGCUUCAAGAAGAGAAGGAAUAACGAUCAAGCAUUUGACGAGAAGACUUUCGACCCCACUCGAGCUGCUAGACAUUCCGUCAAUGACCCAAUCGAUCUCAUCUCACCUUCUGCUCCCAAUAUCAGUGGGGCAGGUGCGGGUGCAGCAUUAGGCGCGGGGGCAGCUGCAGGAUCUACAUCUCCACGAGUCGAUCCAUAUCCGUAUUCCUCAUCUGGCGGAGCGGAGGACUACGAUCCUUAUGCCCAUGCUCCACCAAUGCAAAUGCCCGAUGCGAGAAAUUACAUGCAGGGAAGUGUAGGAAGUGGAAGUGGAAAUGCGUAUAAUGUCUAUGGAUCAGGCUUAGAAGGUGGUUAUGGAGUUGCGGCUGCUUCUGCCGCUACACCAUACGGAUCACCACCUCAACAACAAUAUCAAGAAGGUGCAGCGUACGGUGGUAACAUGUCGGCCGCAGCUAUGGCCAAACAGCGUGAAGCUGCCAAUGAACGAUACCAGAAUCGAAUAUCAGGUGGAUAUGCUGCUGGCGGGGCUGGACCUUCGGGACCUUCUGGAUCACCAAUGGUCAGUUCGCCCGAUCCUAGUGAAACAGGACGAAGGACCAGUGCGAAUGGAAGUGUAUACUACCAGCACACCGAUGGGGGAGGAGUGCCUGCUGACGGGGAUGAAGAAGAGGGUUUGGCAGAGAUCCCACCAAAGUGA